AUGAGCCUUCUCGCAACAAACAAACCGCUUGUGGGCAAUCGAGAACAUGAACAAUUCAUUCUUCCACAUCUCAAUGGCCCGCCAAGUACGCCUUUCCUUCCAUUUGCCAUUGUUGACCUGCCGUAGUUCAACAACGCCAGCAAAUGUGGUCUGCGGGUUGUUGAGUCCUUUACGGUUCGCAGUUGAUUCUUCGCUACUUGUUGCACCUCAAACCUUGAAAAGCCAUUUACUGAAACAAGGAAGCAUAGAAUACACAAACAGUAAAAUGACGAAAGUCACCUGGUUUAUAUAUAGAUAUAUCAGCGAGGAGGGACGGCAGAGAAUGCGAGUAGUACAGUUUCAGGCUUAUUUUGCCUUCAUUCAGCCAACCAUAACCAUGACCAUCACCUGAGACCAGAAACACAAGAAUGCGCACAGACGCACCUGGCGCAGUUGAUCCACCACUGGGGGCUACCAGAUAGGUCAUAAGCACUUCAUCGAACUGAAGUUCGUCAGUGACUCGUCACCUGGCGUUCUCUGUCUCUGCAGAUCGGUUAUUUAUUCAAUAAGGAAUGGUCCCAGCUGCUGGUCAGGGUUAUGCUUGGCUGAAUGAAGGCAAAAUAAGCCCGAAACAGUACUGUAUCAACAUACACGCAUUCUCUGUCGUCCCUUCCCGCGAAGUAUUGAUACGAGCUAGACGGUGGGAGAAAUGUGCAAGUCGCGAAAGUCUUACGCGUAAGCAGUUAUCAUUUCUACACAGAUGUCGAUACCGGACGGUUUUGCUGAAUUCUGUCCAACUGAAACUUGUCAUAAGAUCUCAAGGAUAUCAAAUUGCAUCUCGUUAUGGUCGGAGCAUGCAGCGCGCAUUCAUAACUGAUGCUCAUUAUCGACCUCAGAAAUUCCGAACUUCUAAGUAGCAACAUAUGCAAUCCUUCCUUCACACUUAAUGGAGUCUAACUGAAACGAUUGCCCAUGUUUCUGACAUCGAACGACAGAUAAGAAGGACCAUUUUAGAGUAGAAGUGGGUGUCAAUUUCUCAGCAAGCUUGCUCAAAUCAGAAUUGUUCGACGAAGGUAGUAAAUCUGUCAUCAAGGACCCGUACAAUAAACGAAGAGAAUUUGCUUUCUAAAGGGAUGAAAUAUAAUCUUUCCAAUGCGAACUACCUGGAUUUUCUUGCAAACUUAGAGUCCAUCAUAUCAUCAGAUAGUCUUACGGAGGAUGAACGUUUCACAAUUCGAAAUAGCACUGAGUAUGCCUUAAAGAACCAAAAUUAUCUUUCAGUUCUAUCACACGAAGAAAUAAAGGCAUAAAAAACCUUAGAAAUUGACGAAAGCAUUAUCAUUCUCCCAGCAGAUAAAGCAGAUUCAACUACCAUUUGAACAAAGAAGACUACAAUGAAAACAUUCUGCCAUUGUUAGAGGAUAGGUCAACUUAUAAACCUCUUACCACAGAUAAUACCAAGGCAUAAAUUUCAUCUAUCGAUAAGGUUCUGGAGCGUCUUACAGGGAAGAGGCAAAUAUCAGGAGAUAUUGCUAAACCCCUGAGACAAAAUGAACCCACUAUCACUAAGAUUUGUGGGCUACCUAGAUUUCACAAACUCUAAGUACCACUGCGAUCUAUAGUAUAAUUAAUAGGUGCGCCCGAUUAUAAGAUACCGAAAUGGCUAUUCCACAAACUCCAUCCAUUGACACAAGAUUGUGAAACUUCAGUCGAGAAUCCCAUAGUUUAUAGAAAAACUACUAGGGCUCACAAUUACAGCUGAUGAGAUGAUGGUAUCCUUAGAGGUCAUCUUUCUCUUCACAUCCAUAUCGCUGCAUUUAGCAAGACAAUGAGAGAGGAACGCCACCAGCCCGAUGGCACGGACGUCCCUGUACCUGCUUUGCUUAAACUCUUGGACCUUUGUCUGGAGACGAAAUUCCCACUUGCACAUAAAUACAACCAACAGAUGAAGGCAGCUCCCACGGGAUCACCUAUCUCCGGUUUUCUUGCUAAAACCAUGAUGCAAAUAUUGGAAGUGAUGGCCCUACCGUUAGUUGAUCCCAAAUUAUAGGUGCCUUAUGCAGACGACACUUGUUUUCGUCAAAAGGAAUCACCUGGAAUUGCCCUACAAUGUUAUCAACUUAAUGCUACCAAGAAUCUCGUUUACGAUCAAGGAGGAGGUUGACAGCAAACUCCCCUUUCUUGACGUCCUCGUACAGCGAAUAACUGACGCGACAUUUCACAUAUCAGCUUAUUGCAAAGAAACUUCUGCGGACGGUGUUCUGCAUUACAAGAGCAAUCACCUUAUUGCUUACCAACGGUGGGCUGUUACCAGCCUACUUAGUCGAGCAAAAACACGCUGCUCAGACGACAAUAGUCACCAAGUAGAACUUAACUAUUUGUUCUGACUCUUUUCCCAGAAUGGAUGCUCCAGAUAUUUUGUACGCCAAUACAGGAGGCAACAGAAAUUAAAAGAAAAUGACAAGGAAUUAGCUUGUUCCGAACUCGCUGAAAGAAACCCGAAGAAACAUCAAAUACAAGGGGCGGACCAACCGACGACCACACUACGCAACCAGCUCGUACACCCUAAGCAUAGGGUUAGCUGUUUAGGUAGGAAGGAGGUCGUCUAAGAGAUGCCACGUGAUACAUGCAGUGCAGUCUACUGUGGUCAAACUGCAAAGUUGACCUCUACGCGCAUACGCGAACACCAACUGGCAGUCAGGAGGCGAGACCACUUGUCUCGAGUUGCCAUGCAUACACUGGAAAGGGGCCGUUAAUUUGCUUGGGUCAAAACGCGCACUGUUGGUGUCUGUCCAUCUUUAAAAGGCCGUGAAUUUUUGGAGGCCAUGUAUUCCGAUAAAUCAUGAAUUAACAGGCACAUUGAGCUAGACGCCGUUUACAAUAAUCUCAAGGAAAGCUGAAAGAGGCCAUAGCCAAUCAACGCGAGAUGCCAACCGAGGCCAUGAAUCAUUAGAAGGAAUAAAAAGACAGGAUAAAGAGCUCGUUGCUCAGUGGUUAGGGACGUCGGACUUCUAACCAGCAGGUCGCGGGAUCGAGCCCCAGAUGUUCCACACUUCUGCUUUGGGUGUGGCUGGCUGACGACGGCUAACAAGCCAGAAAUGGCCAUUCCAGUCCCCCUUAUCUUUGUCGGCAAUGCUAUUCUGUACAUAUGUAUGUGAAUAACGGUGGUUUCAUGCAUUCCGAGGUAAUAUAGUAAAAGAAGAAGUCUCGUCGGAAAAUCGAGAUGUGCUCAUGAAUUUUUAAGUCAGUUACCCUAGCCCGCCGUCCGACAAAAUGAACAGAUGGAAGAGGGAUAGGCGUUGAUGGAUUCAGUUAUGGUUCACUGUCGGAGGAGGUGCGGAAUCCGUUGUGCCUUACGGGCUGUCUCUCGAGCCCAACCAGCAGCCGCACAGCGGCGCAUGAUAUAAGCAAAAUGGUAUUACCGAUAAAGACAAGGGAAACUGGAAUGGUCCUUUCUGGCUAAUUAGCCGUCUUCAGCCAGUCAGUAGUAUAUUUAGGGUAAUAGACAAUGACCUUUAUGACCCCAUUGCAAAUGGCGCAUACAAUAUUAAUGUUAAUUGUGCAUCUUGCAAAACUUUUGCCAGUAGCAUAUUUGUUUACGGGAAAUGUUUUUACAGUGUGAAACUGCGAAAGGUGUGGCAGGCGGUCUUUUUUUCCAUGUACAUGCAGAAUUAUGUGCUAUCAGCACAAAGUGCAGUGUGUAGUUUGCUGGUGAACAUUUCAUUAAACGUGCAGGGAUGCGUUACAUGGGGACAAAAUCAGGAAAUAAAAUUUUGGCUGGCCGCAGAUAGUCCUGCAGUGAGAGUCGUCGUUUCUCAAAGAUCAAACGAUCCAGCUGUCUUUUGAAUGCAACCAUUGUAUCAGAUGUCACUGUUUCACUUGUGAGUGAGUCCCACGGUCGAAAAGCACGCUGGCUGAAAGAAAACUUCCGAUGGUGUAGGCGUGUACGCUCCCGCCUGACUUUGUUCGGAUGACCGCGCAGGUGACUCAUGGUCGUGAAGUCAAAGAAGUCUUCAAAUCUGAGCGAACAUUCAUGUCCGUGGAUAAUGCAAAAUGUUCAUAACAGGUCAUACCUCAUUCGUCUAUAGAAUAGGGGGAACAAGUUUAGCUGGAUCAGCCUUUCGGGUUACGGCAUAGUCCUGAGACCGUCCACCAGUUUUGUGGCCCGUCCUUGCACGUGCUCUAUGGCAUCACUGUCUUUCUUCAUUCAGGGCGUCCAUGUUGGCAUUCCGUAUUCCAAAUGCGGUCUGACGAACGUAUCAAAUAUCUGAGAAGAUUUCAGGAGGAAAGUCUGUGAAGGCACGCCUAAUCCGGUACAUGAUGCUGGUUGCCUUUUGGACGGCUCUUUUGCAGUGCUCGGAGGGCAGCAAGUUUGGACCUGUUCAGAUACCUAAGUCUUUGUGUGUGUCCACUUCUUCUAGUGGAACCCCAUUUAUGGUAUAAUCGUGUUUUGGGAAGCGCCUCCAACCAGAUUCUAGGCGUAAAACUACACAUUUGUCGCAUUAAACGCUAGAAGCUACUUGCUGGACCAUGCAGCCAACUUAUCAACAUCUUCAUGUAGUUUCUGCGAGUCCUCAACACAGCUGAUUGUUUUCCAGAUCUUUAUAGCAUCUGCAAACAUGAUGGCAUCGCAUUCAAGAUCUGCAGUACAGUCGUUUAUAUAGAUGAGGUAGAGGAGAGGACCCAAGACUGAACCCUGCAGAACGCCGCUUCUUACUGGCACGCAUUCGGAUGCAGUAGUACCAACAAUUACUCUUUGGGGCCUGCAUGACAGUAAACUUUAAUUUACUUAAAAGUGUUUCCCUGUAUUCCACAAUCCCAAAUAUUUUGUAAGAGUCGUCCGUGAGGAACGCUAUCAAACGCCUUUUUAAAGUCAAAGAAAAUGACUUCCACUUGACUGCCCUGGUCUAUGGCUUUUGUCCAUUUUUCCCGCGAGUAGACACUGCUCGUAAGACAUGAAUGACCGCGACGAAAUCCGUGCCGAGCAGCACACGAUAGGUCUCUCGGCUCCGGAUACGCCAUCAAAUGCCCCUUAGUAAGUCGUUCCAUGAUCUUGCACAAAAUGCAGGUUAAACCAAUGGAACGGUAAUUUUCGGACUCCAGCCUGGAUCCUCCUCUGUAGAUUGAAGAAAUAAGGACCGUUUUCCAUUCCUCCGGCAAUUCGCCUUCUUCCAUAAACUUCGGAAAUAUCAUGGACACCGGCUCACACAGUACGUCAGCCAAUUUUCGGAGGACAAGUGGAGGAAUUCUAUUUGGACCAGGUGAUUUAGCAGGCUUCAGCCGGCCUAGUUCGGUCCUUGCUAACGUGGGCGAGAAGUAAAGAUUGUCACCUAAUGCAGGAGAUGAAAGAUGUUGUUGUUGGUCUGGGUAAGACAUAGAAGGAGGAUUUGUGUCACGUGUUGAGCGGCGGCUAAGUGUGUAUCCGCCAUAGACUCGCUCAUGUUUGGAUUCAUGUUUAACCUGGGUUCGCGUUUGCCCAUUCGUUCACUGAGCUGCGCCCGAAGGGCUUGAUAGGCUGCGGGAAGAGCCACACAACGGUUGGUGGAAGUUUUGCCCAUGUUGCAGGCCUCGAUUGUUUGCCUGACUAUGCAGACGUUUCCUCGGCCCAGAAUUUCGGCAUUCCGGAAUGCGAACGUGUGUCCGGAACCGGCGCAUUGUUCUGCCACCAGAGACAAAUGGUCCAUCCUUACUGCCCUCAUGUGCUCUCAAACACUGGUCUGUAGUUGUUUGCCGGUCUCCCCGAUGUGGUUAACUUCUCAGGAGUUACACUGAAUCCGGUAGAUGACGUUCAUGGUUUCACCUCAUGGCAGAGGGGCCUUAGGUCUCAUGACCAAAUGUCGAAUUGUUGACUCCGGUCGGUGAGCGAUGCCGAUCCCCAGCGGCAUUAAGAGGCUGGAGAUCGCCUCAGAAACGCUGUCGAUGUAUGGAAGCGCCCGCCACAUUUUUGGCCGUUCUCUCACCAAAAAUCGGUUUUGUCUGGCCUGCCUGCCGCUUUCGAUGACGUUGCGAGGAUACCCGUUGACAAUGAAGAGGCGCUGGAUUUAGCGUAGUUCUGACCUGUCGUCCGGCUCGCUGCAGUGUGUUUCUGCCCUUCUAUAGAGUGUUCGCACACAGCUGCGUUUGUGACAACGGGUGCUUACUGUGGUAACUCAGGAUUUGGCCUUCCUAUAUGCAGCCGUUUCUAAAUGCCCAUUGGGUUUUCGAUGGACGAGAACGUCCAGGAACGGCAGUUGGUUGUUGAUUUCCGCCUCCAUUGUGUAUGGGAUGUCAGGGAAAACAGAGUUGAGCGGCUACUUAUGUAUUAUAUGUGGUAUGUGCCCUAUGACACAGCGUUCCUUCUCGCCAUUAGCAAUUUGGCAGGCGGACAGAAUGGGAUCAAGUGAGAUCCUAACCACAACAGUGAGGGUCACACGCCUACUUGACACGCUUAUAUACCUCACUUCAUAUGGCCUAUGACGUACUGAUCAUCGGUAACGACCGUGAAAGAGCUGUCUGCGUCUGGCUGACUGAUCUGCGAUCGAGUGAGAUCCUAACGACAACAGUGAGGGUCAUCCGCCUACAUGACAUGCAUAUAUGGUACCUGGUAGAUGGGCGCUCACUGAUCGGGUUAUGGCACGUCCUCUUCUACCACGUCUGAGGACGACUUGGGGAACCGGUGUCGAUAAUUUGCGGAAUUAAGUUUAUUAAAUUCCCCAAAGGGCUUAUUGCUUUUUAAUAUGUCUGUAGUAAAUAACUCAACUGGGGUUUUGCAGUAAGUCGCGGAAAGAGCAAACGUUUAUAUGAGCAUAGACGUGUACUCGAGGUUCUCACGUGCGUGCUGUCACUUGGUGAAUGCAUUGUAAAAAUAUAAAGCUACUGAAAAGGUUUGGGUAGCGUAUCUUUGUGAUAUUAAUUGCAAUGAAGUGCUUUGUUUAUUCUUGACGGAGACACGGUCGCUGUGACAAGAGCUUCAUUCGCCUGACGUUUCGGAUUCCUGCUCGAACCCAGCAUCAGAGACAAAGGCGGAUACGGGUUGUUCAUGCACAAGGGGCUGCAGUAUUUAUAGGAUUCAGUCGCCAUGCCACCGUGGCUCCCCCCCCUCACCAGGGGGUCGUUGCACUUGGUGUGAUGAUUGUAUGAUGGUCGAUAUUCGCACCGCUAAUUGCUGCAAUUUCAUCACGUGUUUUCGAUGUUGGUGUGAUGAUUGCUCAACCAUCUGAUCCACCGACCCUGGCGUUGGGAACAGUGUUCACCUGUGCGCCCCCCCCCCCGCGUGUCUAAUUACUCUGCCUAGGCGAAGUCUCAGCAUCAAAUAUGGAAGGGGAAGGUCGUUGCACCUGUUGAGGGACUGGAGACCAGUGAACCAUGUUUAUUCCUCGCGUACGCCUGCGCCCUAGCCAGUUUGCGUAUUUUUCAGUGGUGAUUUUAGAUUACUUGCACAUGUUGUAUGAUUCACCUUACUUAGCAGCGCAGGUACUAGCUAAAAGCAGAUUUUCUCAUGCUGCAUAACACCCGCGGUGUCCGACUCAUCAGCCGGCCCUCCAGCGUUACCCCUGUGCUUUAUGGUAGAUGCUCCAGUUCUGAAAUUUCGGCUUUUUAUCUCCUUAGAAUUUAUUGUACCUGUGCUGUCGGCAUAGUGAAUCAUUCAACACUUGUAUACUGCUGACUACGCGGUGGCACCCUUUGAAUUAUUACGCUGUUAUCCCUCUGUGGCGGAUUGGAUUUCUUCUUAAGUAUGCAUAUCAACUUUCGGGCCGUGUCUAACAUUGGAAGAAGUAUGACCUACAACACUUUGACGCCACCAUACGUGUUGCGUCUGUGGAUUCCUUUUCGGCCGUGUAGUAGUGGCCUUGUAUUUUGCAUCUGGAAAUCUUUCAGCAGACGAAAUUUUGCUAAGGAACUAUGCUUCAUCCUCACUGAACAAAAUCUUCCUUCAUCGCAUGUUUGAUAUCCCUGAAGUUUAACUGGGCAUUUUCUCUCCUUUUCUUAAUGGCUUUGUUAUCGUCCUGAAUAUUUCUCUCAAGGAUCUUCUAGGCGUGUUCUUACUAAACAGCCACAUCAGCGUUGUUGCAUUAUGCUCGUAAACAUGCACGCAUAGCCUGUCCUACAAAGACUCUCGCGGAUUUGCCUAUCAGCAUAGCUUUAGCGCAUGUCUGAGCUACUCAGAUCGCUCCUGCCCGGUUUGGAAUUUGGCCAAAACCGUUCCUGUGUUCGGACUCCCGUUAGCGCUCACCAUCGGCCAACUUUGCAUUUCCUCAACAAGGGCUGUCUUCCCAGCUGUCUCUGACUUCAUGCUUUUGAGGACACUUUUAUCCUGCAUUCUAUUAGCAUUUUUAUCCGUUAAAGGCCGUCUUUGGUUCAGCACCACCUAUCAGAUAAUUUUUUUAUUGUAUGGAGAAGGGCUGCCGGAGAACGGAUUCUUUAGUGACUGCACUUUUAAACAAGCCGCUGUCGAUUUACCAUUGUGAUCAUUCCCCAACGGCUUGGGACGACAGCUUGACCUUUUCUGUGUUGAAGAGCGAACCGUCCGAACAGGAAUUUAUCCAGCAUAAUAUUAUAAUGCAUUUAAUUCAGUCUAGAUCUGGUCUACCCCUCUGUUUAUAUAGCUCCCAGAUUGUCUAUGACUCAUAAGUAGAGUUUUUUUUUACAGCUGUGCUGACAUUCGCCAUUACUGAUUCGGUGUACUGCAUUCCUUAUCGACCGCCUUGCAAAUGCUCAUCCUGUACUGCAUUUGGUUGGCGGCAGAUUCCAGGUCCGAAUUGAGAUGGCUGCCACGCCAGUUGCGCAGACCAAGGGCAUCAGGGCUGAAGGUGUGCUCAAGAUCGGCUUUCACCGGAUUCACCUACGUAUUCAGUCGAUCGUCUCGACUUCAUCCUCUGCCAAAUAUGGGUUCAAUGGAGCUCAUCUGCAGGAGAUUUUGGUUCAUCUCGGCGUCUUCAGCUGCCCAGUCAUCUCAACCGGUGAGUAGGCCGCUUAUCGCUAAAGUUACCAUAGGUUUAAACGUCGCAAUCAGGCAUUAAAGUCCCUACUCGGUUUUUACUUGCAGCGAAGUCCUUUCUAAAAACAAUGUAGUUCGGUUCGACUGUACGUUGAAAUUUCCAUAGCUGUCUGAUCAUCUGGAAUAGUAUUGACUCAGCUUUCGCCGGGCCUCGGUAUUUUUGGCGACCUUUUUUGAUGUUUUCGCGCCGUUUCCCAAAAUAUCGACAGCCGUGGCAAAAAGUAUGAAUCAGCAACCAUGUUCACUGCAAAAAAAUCUCGCGAGUGGUAUAUACCCCUCAUUAACCACAUUCCAUUAUAGCUCUGUUAUAUUUAGACAUUUUAACUACACUCUCCACUACUUUCAUGUUUCUUAGAUGCAAGAACAUCAUUUUCUUUGGAAUUGAUGACUUUGAUAAUUCUAUUUUCCGUAAAUUGGUCCAGUUUUAUGCCAAAGAACUUUGUCAUUGUGUUAUCUUGGACAAAUCGCGUGAAGAGCCUGUUUAAAAAAUGGAUUCGAACAGCCGUUACAGUCCUCAUAAGACACUUUGGGUCUACACUUUUUAGAGUAGAAGCUGAAUUUGGAGGAAAAUAUGUUAUACUUUAAAAAGCCAUAUGAAAAGCCUUCGUUUUUAUUCUAAUAAAGUCGUUUUACCGCCUCGGCCGAAACGUUUCUCUCCACCUUUAUCGCCCUAUUUUACUUUCGGGUGCCUACUUCUGUUGGUCACACAUUUCUUUCUUCCCGUAAUGUGUAAAAUAAUAGUCGGGACUGGGACUGUCUAUGUAUGAAGUAUGGCCCUCUACUCGCUCCCACCCUCUUCAGGCCCAUUCUCUACCGUAAAGAAGGCCCGUAAUCAGCAUCACAUACGAGACAGAGAGCCGUCUUUUUAAUAACCGGUUCAUGCAGGCACCAACGCUUUAAUCCUGGGCUACUGUUUACGAUCUGCUCUUCACGGUCAAUUACGCGCUCAACACCGCGACAGAAACAGACAUGCAACGGAGCGUAGACCUCUCCGCCUCCGGCUGCGCCAACUUUGGCCUGACCAUCAACGCGAGCAAAACAGUGGUCAUGCAUCGACCGCCUCUGAACUUUGCAUACAGUGUUCGUCGAUUCUACGUCAACGACACCCAACUGAAAACCGUGGACAAAUUGGCCUACUUAGGCAACCAAUUCUCUGGUGGGAUGCAGAACUCCGUAUAGAUUCGCCACGGUCUCCAUCCUAAUACCAAACUGAAGAUAUACAAAGCAGCCAUCUUGACGACGCAGCCGAAUGGAUCUCAAACCUAAGUAGUCCACAAAGAAUUAGCGCGGAAACUCAAUCAUUUCCACUUAAGCUCUCUCCGCCGGAUACUAAUUCUAAGGUGACAGGACAGGAUCCUGGCACGGGAGCUUUGGAACAGGCAGGGAUCCUCGGCAUCAUGAAGAAGAAGACACGAUCGCCAGCAUCCACUCCAUGCUGAGCCAACUGUAAUUGUGAUGGAGCAGCAACCUUGUGAAGAUGUACGAUGGGUGACUACCACACGAACUCUUCUACGAGGAUGUCGCUAUGGGCACUCGCCAACAAGGGGGUCAGGCGCCCAACUACAAGAACACCUCAAUGUAUUUUUUUGAGCGCUUGCAGAUCAACCCUAAGACUUACAAAGACCUCGCACAGGACCGAUCUGCACACAAAUAAUCACCCAAGCGUUACUUGACCUGAUGGGAUGCCACACCCACGGCUGAUUUAGGGACGCCGUUCAAUUCCUCCGCUACCUUUUCUGUAGAAAAAUCCAGAACGGAGCUUCGGCCUGGACAUUUUUCUGCGUAUUUUCAUCGAGUAGACACGAAGUCUGGGCGAAAGGUGCCUCUGAGACAUGUCUUCAAAACUCGGUUCAUGUCCAAAGCCAGAUAUUUUCUUCUAAACCAGGAUAGGAUCACCUCUUUACUGCCUGUUACCCUGGAAAUAGAUUAAGGCACUUCAGUCUUUCCAUGCGUAAUUGAUCUUUCAAGCCCUUCAACAGCUCUGAUGCAGGGAGUUGUACAUUUUCAAGGCAUUUAUGGUCUUUUGAUAGUCAAAGCCGCCACGUUUGUACGCCAUAUUCAAGAUGGUGACGAACAAGGGCUCUGUAAACUUCCCCAAAAUGUCUUAGUCAAAGGUUAUAAAAGCCACUUUAAUCGCGUGGAGUACUCCCAUGGCGUUUUUUGUAGCCUUGGUGCACUGCAGUGCUGGUCUCAUGUUGCUUUGUAUCCAAACAUCAAGAUCUUUCUCCGAAAAUUCUGCGGGAAGAGUAAUUUGAUUCAGGUGGUGCACCAUCAUGCUGUGAUUUAAAUGACAGUUGGUUGGACGCAGAUGAAGGACGACGCUCUUCUGCGCAUUGAGAUACAGAAGCCAUUUCUCAGACUACGUUUGUAGUCUGUGCAGAUUUUUUUGAAGGGUCCUUAAUGACUUGCCAGGGCCUAACGUCGUUGAAGAACGCUGUUUUACCGCAGUCUAGUUCCUGAAGGUCCGAGAGCUGAGUCUUAAGGCACACCAUUUGUCGCGUUCACCCAGUCAGAGACAUCAUCUCCGAUACAGAUACGCCGUUUUCAACUAACCACAAACGCUCCUAACCAGCUUUGAGAAUUUUCCUCGAUAUCAGGGGCGCUUAAUUUAUGAAGAUCUUGGUUUGGGACAGUAUCUAUGCAUUUUUGGCGAUUUACGUACACGACAUCGACCUUGAAGCCCUCUUCUAAGGCUUUCAUCCAGACCCCCAGACAAUUAAGCAGAUAGGACAGGUUGGCAGGUUUUCUCCGGGAUCCUUACUGAAAAAUCUGUAUGCAGUUGUUUUAUUCACAAAGUUGCUGUAUAACACUCCGAAUUAGAACUUCCAACGUUUCGCAUGAGACGUAAGUCAAGCUUAUGGCCUGGAGGUGUCUGCUGUUAUACUGCUACCACCCUAAUAUAAGGGAGUGAGGUCGGCUGCCCUUCACUGCGAAAGCAGCUUUCCUAUUCUUAUCGACACGUCGAAGAGAGUUUAAAGAGGUUUCUCCAACUCCGUCGGCAAUUUCUUAAGUAUCAGUCUGGGAAUCCCGUCGAAUCCAGUAGAUUUGUCUAGUUUAAUUUGAUUGAGAACACGUCCUACUCCUUCGACGGACGCUCUGUUUUCGAGACUGAGUAAAAUCCGAUUGUCCGGUAUCGCGCGAGCAUAAACAGAAAUAUCUUGUACGACAGGUGCCUGCAAACAAAGCAACGUUUGAGUUUUUCCUCUGCUGUGGGGUAUGUCAGUACUCCAAGAUAACUGACGAAUAUAAAGGCUGAACAGAUAUCUAUCUUGAUACAGUUGUGAUGCUACUUAUGGCAAUUGCAAUCAUUUGGUGGCCUAGUUAUAAAUGAAAUUUACAGCCCAAUGGCAGUGACAUCAAAAACACUGGUUAACGAGUCUCAGUGAAUACCUGAGUUCGCUAGAGUGUCGGGUGCUGUACUGGCCAUGGGAAGCGAUGCCGUUCGGAAGCCAGUUUUCUGUUAGUCGUGUGUCACCCCCCUCUCUUCCAUUUUCUGCUAGAAGUUCUUCAAAACACUCAGGGAUACGUGACUCGUAUUUUUGUAUUUAUCUAUGUAGUGCAUCUGCACCAUUAGAUUUUUUGUAGCUUUUGGAGAGGCCCUGUGCAUUUUUGACUAUAUUCGGAUUGAAUGACCUACCGAUCAUUUUGUAUUGCGGCACCUUGUACGCAGCUCUACAGUCUAAUACCGGUCGCUGGUAAGUCCUUUUGUUCCUAUAUGACUAUAACCGAAUUCAUGACUAUAGUUAGCCGACCUUCCCCCGCCAUGUUGACUUUCGUGGAUCAAUCUCCUCAGCUAAGAGCAAUGUAUAAUUUUCCAAGCGCUCAUUACCCUUGGCUUAGCCUGGCUGACUGUUUCUGUCAGUUAUUUCGAUCUUUCUAAUCCGCAAUCCCACUGUCCUGUUUCCUUCAGUAACUUGGGAAAAUCACUCCUUAGGCAUUUUUCUCAGAAACAAUGCCAAUUUGUAUUCCUUAGCACUUUCAAACUGUAUUUUAUGGAGCGCUUUCACAACUCUUGGAAAUGCUUCACUUCUCUUGAUUAGGGCUCCAGCUUUUUGUGUUGUGCCUGCUAUUGCGAGUAUGGCGUGGACAAGACGAUCUUUGUAACCAUAUUCUUAGUGGGGUCAUUACCAUCAAAAGUUAGAAGUUUCAUUAAAUCUUCUUGAAUACUUUUUUUAGUUAAGAUGCCAUAGAAUGUGUCCACUGUCUGUGUAGGCGUUACCACAGUUGGGUUUUCACCCGUUUGUUUAAAUAGGCGACGGCACUGUCCCUGACCUUGACAACAUCAGCGCCUUUUUCUAAGUGGUUUGCUUUUUCUGCGUGUGGUUAAUUCUGCCGGGUCGUCUGAGUGAGCAUAUUCGUUGACCUUUGUCUAUUUCCUUAUAGUAAUCAACUUUUCUUAAAAAUUCCUGCUACGAAAUUAUUUACUAUGGUGAUAUGAUUUAUAUCAUUUUAGUAACCAUUUCGGCUGUACGCCACCGAAGAAACCAAGAUUAGCCGAUGGGCUCAUUUGUUCAAAUUCUCAAUUUUAUGAAUAGUUUCUCUUUUCGUUCUGAUUUUAAUAUACGUUGCAUUUUGAUUUUUUGGCUCAUCUGAUUUUCAAAUAAGGUAUGAGACAAUGCCUUUCCGUCCAAAUUUCACACCUUUUGUGACAUCUUCCUGCCUACCCAUAUCCUCAGAAAUGCUAUUUAGAUUGCGCUUCGUCCGAACCCAUAUUUAACCUAUGUCAAUUGGAGCUCUGAUUUUGCAUCCGACCUUUACGUGAGCGACAUAAUACCUUUAUCGUGUAGGCUGCUAAUAGAGGUAUUUGGUCAUUGUUGCAUUAUUAGUUUGUGAACUGUGUCCAUUGGGACUCCCUACCUAACGCCUACAUCAAGACUUAUUAGUUACAUCUUUUACGAUUUUUAUAGCUCUACGUCGUCCUUUUUUAACGAGCUUUUGUAGCUUUCAGCUGGGACCAUUUUCAAAGUCGUAGUCCAUUUUUUGGAAAGCAUUGGACUUAGAAUUUUGAGAUUCGCCGUCUUUCGUUCCCUUACGUACUUUAUUUUCGUGGGAUUGUUCGAUGAACCUUAUUCGUGCUUUUAGGCAUAUGUAUCGGUUCUUGUUUUCCUCUUUUUUGUCGGAUUUUUAUUUUAGAUGAUGAGGGCCCUUUUUGGACUCUACAAACUCUUCCUUAUUUUGCGGGUAGUUGAGAAAAUCAAGACCAUUCUAGGCCUUACGUACACCAGUUAUCUGUUUCACACUGCCUUAGGUUUUCUAUCUUAACGAUGGCGAAUUUCGACAAUCUGCUAGUUUGUUCGGUCUGCUGAUAGAUUCCCGCGAACGCCACUCCACUAGUAGUAAUCUUAGUGGUUUAUUGCUUUAUUGUAGUCAUUAUUGUUGGACAACCAUACGAAUAUAAUGUGAUUGUACCUACGUCUGCAGUAAUAUGCCCCAUACACUGCUAGUGUCCUGUGUGUUUUGUAUUCCUCAGUUCGGUUAUCACUCACGCGACUUCGAUAACUUACGGGGACACCCAUGGUAACGGCGUGUAUGACUAUGUCGGAAAAACCCUACGGAGUAUUUACCUGUUCUAACAUCGGUAGGAGACGCUCACCGAUCGUUCUUACGGAACUCACCCGUUCCGUUGUGCCUCACGGGCUCUCUGUCGAGCCCAACUAGCGGCCGCACAAUGACGCAUGUUUUAACAUCCUCCCACCUUUUACAUCACUGUACUUUGUAACAUUUCGUACGUAAUCUAUUGUGCAUAUAGUAAACGAGCGUUGUUUACUGUUAUCUCAUGCCUUCCAGGACCAUACCACCGUCGUGAGCAGUGCACACCAUGCCGUUGUUAGAGGCAGGUUAUGGAGACCUGCCUGCGAAAUAUGUCAAUGGGCAGUCGUUCGAAAACAUGUGCAAAGUAUGGGACGUUCUAUAAAUUUCCUAACCAAAUCCACCUUUGUUGCCACCCUGGCAGCAGUUUGCAAGCUAUAGACCCUGUUUCUGGGUUGCAGAAUGUUGCUGCUGCAACUUUUUCUUGAGAAUUGCAUAGAAGUGGUCUCGUUCCACGACGUUGCGUUAUCAAACUGCUGUGUCUUGCUCGAGAUUCUAAUAUAACAACACUACGACCCAUGCGUGUGGUUUUGCGGUAAUAUCUGAAACAGGCCUAAUUAAUGUUUACUUUUACCGUCUGUUUUCAUUCACGGAGUCAUUCGCAAUUGGAGUCACGCGAUAGCCAGAUAAAAGGUGCCGAAAUCUUUGAGUGACUGAUUUAACCUGUGUUGGUGCUGUCGCAGAUCGUGACUUUCCACACGUAACGAUCUGCUACGGCGGACCAAGACAUCUUGGCCUUUCCUCCAGCGUCGGAGGCGGGAUGUCGAGGACUUCCUACUCGAUACCUUCAUGUGAUUAUUGGCGUCGGAUCGAGGGCAGCAACACUGAGCUCGCAGGACAGACUACAAGAAGCGUGCCCAAACAUUUUAGUCGGCUUUCUUGGAUAGCCCGAGGUAUUUCAGACAUGUCGAUGUAAGGAGUGCGGACUGUCUAAUCCUAGACGAAUCUAUUAAAUUUCGCUCGAAAUAUGGCUUUUAAGCGCCUCUAGUUGUUGUCUUUCUUUUCGAACCAAUGGCCAUUCAUAACCGUACGUCUUUAUAGCGAUAAGACUAUCGUGAACGACCCGUAUGCGCUUAGUGAUGCUAGCUGACAUGCUACAAGCAGCCUCAAUUGGGGAGACAGUGUUGUCCGUACUCUGUUAAUUUGCCGGCAAAUCCACUCCGAAGCAUUUCAGACUGUCUAAUACUGUUGGUUGACAUCCAUUUAUAUUAAGAACUUUCUUCCAGUCAGAAGCGCAGUUGGAAAAUACUUUGAUCUUUGCAUCGGUGAUGGGUAAAUAUACAUAUUUGGAGUCCUCACUCACCUCCGACACUUCAUUUUGUAGGUUGCCGUAACCUCGCGCAAGCAGAGUGAUUUUGUCAGUCUAAUCAAGAUCAAUCAACCGUCGCUCUACUGUAAAUUUUACACCAUAAAACAACGUUGUGCCACGUUGGGUGUCCUGUCAGUGUCAUAAUUUAUGUGAAUUAGCGUGGGAUACGCCCUCGUCGGGUGCCGAACAGGUUGAGAGAGAUUACCACAAACCAAAAUUCGCGCAUCGAUGGAGAAUUAAUAGGCCUGGAUUACAGUAUUACUUUUAUUAGAACUCUUUAGCUUUUGCACUCACGACGAACGGGACAGAACGCUCCGGUGAUGUCAACAACGCAGGUGGCCGUCGGUUGUAAGUAGUCAUAGUAGCGUUCUAUGAUGCGCCGCCGUAUAAAUACUUGGCCAGUCAACCGCAGGCUUGGGCGACAAAGGACUUAAAUUCGCACCGUUUCGCUUUCUGAAGGUGACAAACGAGUUGGGAUUGGCCGGCCCAUUAUACCCUGACUUUUCGGUAAUAACAGGCCGUCCGACUGCACUGUCUGAAAGCAUAGCGUUUUUCUUUACAAUGAACGUUUUUCCAAGUUCUGACAUUAUUAUGACAGGUACGUCGAAUGACCAUUUUCAGGACAUUCUUUUUCUGUUAGGUAGUCCUCCCGCAACCAAUUCCUACUUGUAUGGCCGAUGAUCGCAAAUUGACUCUGACCAAUCUUCAUGACUCUGAGGUCUCCAGUAGGCUCACUUUAAACUGCGGCGAUGAUAAACUUCUGACCUCAUCUGCCCAACAAAAAUGUGAUAAAGAACUUUAAUUAGGUUAUCACUCGUUCCUCUCUUAGCACCUAUCCGCGCAGUUAAAAGCCGCUUUCCCAAUGGUCCAUUUCUGCAAUAUUGAUCGUUACUUCGUUCAUAUUUUAGUCAUUAUGGACGUGACGAAGUUCCUGAAAAUAACUUAGUGCAGUUAAAAUUUCUUGGAUGUAGUUUACAUGUUUCAAAGCAUAAUCGAGGGAAGACAAUUCGACUAAUUCUGGUCUUAUACAAACACCCGGGAUUUGAGCAUUCGCUUUUACUACUACAAACUGCCUUGGAUUAGCCUUUACCCCUUCCCUUGGCGAAAUGUUGGCAGUGACUGGGGCUCAGUGUAGUCUAUUUCAUGGUGACUUCUCUUAUCAGUCAUUACACUCAACCUUAUCUUCAGCCGGUUUAACUCGCGCAGACCACUAUAAGGUGGAAUUCUGAGGAGAAUGUGAGGUCGGUCAAAUUCUGAUCUACUACCUAUCUGGCUCACUGUAAACUACCAAGAACACUUUGAAGCUACCAACGCUUGUGGCUGCGAAGGUUGCCAACUAACUGGAUAACUAAGACCUACUGAGGGCCAAGGAUCAGGCCGUAUUAUCCCCUUUAUGAUGGGAUCUUUAUGGCUUCUCUUACCUACGUGAAGCCCGAGACUCUUGUCUUCACAACGACCGCCAAGUGUAGAUUCAGUUGCAGGUUAAAUGCACUGACUAGCCAUGUUAGCCAUUGCGUUCAUACUCACCUCCAGUCUUUUUUGACUUUGUUGGGACGUUGCGGAUGUAAGGCGAAGAGAGAGCUAGGCAACGCGUAAGUCUACCUGCCUCCAAAAGUAUUCUCGUUCGCCAGUCGCGACUGCGCUCAGACCUCGUUACAGCCAAACCACUGUGCGUGUGUGUGGGACGUACGGGGUGUCUUCGGCACGACUCGCGUCACUGCGGUGCUAUCACUCCGAGUUCAUCGAUACGUUUGGAGAAUUUGUUCACAAUAAUUUUCCGAGGGUUCCUAUUAAACUCAUGAAUCAGCCUCACCUGGGGCUCCGCUGUGCUCUUCUCCAUGCAGCGGCUGCACCCCCGAUAGACAUUCUUAACCACUGAGUUACACCAGAUCAGGUUUGUGCCACGCCAAGUGGCAAUUCCUUUAUUGAUUCCAGUUCCCCUCACCCACCAAAAGUCACACGGGGAAGACCCAUAGACAACAUUCGCCUAAGGCGCAACCUGCCGUGCAAUUCGGCAGUCGCCCAGGGUGAAUAAGCCGCCCUUGUUAUGACAGCGCGGCUUAGCCCGCGCCAGGGGAGCAGUAUAGAAAAUAGGCGCUUGAAUUGCCGACAGCCAGUCAGUUGUCAAGCCGACCGUGGCCUGUGGAUGGUAAGCAUGCUGCGGAAACGCAAACCACUGUCUCGACCCACGUGCCUUUCCCGCCCGCCCGAGUUGCUCAACUCGGAAAGCCUUUCCACAGUUCUCUCACCCUUGGCUUGGUUUGGACGUCAGCAAAAUCACCCUUUUUCAACUUAUCAACGCGAAAAUCUCCCGUUGUCCUCUAUAACUCGAUUCCACUUUUCGUUGUCGGUCUUCUGAGUUUCGCGGUAGAACGGCUAAUCAAAUUUGGGCAGAUUUAUGAACCUAGACAGCCUGUGCUGUCAGGCUGAAGAACUCCUACUGGCCUUAGGACGAUUUUAUGUAGAUGGACUUUGAAAUCAGUCGAUUAAGAGCUUAUCCCUGGGAACAAACUUGAAAAGCUUGAAUUUUUGACUGUCGUUCAAAUGUGUCCUAGUUGUACUUUAUGCCCGGCAGAUUAAAAAUAGGGGUAUUACUUGCGAGGAUGUGACCACUUAUGAAUCCCUGCCGUCAGACUAGGAUCUCGAUCCAGAUUCGGUUGGUUCUUUUAGAGAGACGCCAUUUUGUGCCAGCCACCUAUUGACUCGCGAGAGCUGUCAGUCGAGUACUUGGUUCAACGCCUUAAUAAUAGGGCAUAAGAGCAUCAUUGGGACGCCUCCAAAAGUGUGAAGGUCUCCGAGUUAACUUUACUCUGCAACGGGACGUGGCAAACAUAAUUCACAUUACAAGUUAACAAAAAUCGGUCCUGUCGGAUGUAAUUAGCCACUACUCAAAGCCCGACUAUUUUGCAGCGGAAACUAACAGUCUUCCCCAGUUGGCUUAGAUGGCGGGUCUGCAUCAUCCAUCUAAUGCGGCAGGACUCUUAAGGUCUGUCUGAUAACCGUCUGGAAAGGAACUGCUGGUACCCUAGACAGGCAGCCGGACAUUCUAACUGAACUCAGACUAGUAAGUAUUUCAAGUGAAAAUGCCGAAGAGGACGGGUAGAGGUGACAUAGUUUGUGGGCGAAGGCAAAUUAACCAAAAACGGCUUCCUACGUGCUUGAACCAUCCAGUCUGCGAAUCGGAGGGUCGACCUCGCAGUCCCCAACCAAAACGCUUGGGUGCCCGUGCUUAGGUUUUUUCUUUUACGACAUCGGAUGUGAAGACCACACAUUCUUACGGCAGAACAACGACAGCUUUAUUCUCCUCCGGGUUGGACACAGGAAUGUCGACCGUCCCCAAUACCACAGAUGGCCUCGCGCCAAAUUCAAGGGAGGCUUUAUUCCCUUGUACUAACUUUAACCCUAACACUAACACUCAGACUAACUCUCAUAAUCAUAACCCUAAUCCUAACACGGACUCUAACUUUAACCAACCCCCUGGGAUUUAGGACAAGUCCACUGGUAAUGCGGCGGGUCGCUCUUCCCAUAUCCAGCCUUCCUGCGUCAAUAGCCGACAUAUUCAAGCGAUGUAGCAAUUCAUGCUCAUCAGAUUGCAGCCAGCAGUGUUAGCUGAGAUUGCUCUAUUCAAAUGCACAGCGCAAAGCAGGGCUGCAUAAAAUCAUCCAGUCUUACAUCGAGUCAGUUUUAAAUGUGACUGGCCAGUAUGCCGUAAGUUUGAUUGACGCAAGCCGAUUCACAUAAAACUCCCCGCUGAGAUAGUCAAGUGUUUAGGUUCUUUAGUUUCGUCUGAAAUCAGUGUAUGAACUUACAGUUAAGUGCUAGGAUACGGAUUUGAGAGUUCGGGCAUUAGUUUCGAUGUGAACAUUCCAGUUGCACGCCUGAAUACUCGAGUAGUGUUUACGUCGGCCAGACUGUCAGUAAAUGGUGUAACCGGGAGAAGGUGAGACUGCAGUAGACAUUAGUUGCCUGCUUGUUAUCCUCCGUCAGUCAUUAUUUAAUGUCAGGUGAAGACUUGAGAUUAGAAGUGGUCAUUCCAGUCGAUAGUGCCUCUUGCUGGUUGAUUUCUCUUUACCGCGCGACCACUCUUGUGGACUAGACCGAGAGCCUCGAGGCAGGACGGAGAACCAGCAUGCCCAUUUUCAUCGAAAAGUACAAGCCAGUGAACGCAGGUCUCAGAAGGAAGGGGUGCAACCAAUGCGCAUCUGCGUGGACGAUGAGGGCCACGCUAUGCAGCUGCUGUCCGUUAUUGUGCCUGCGGCCAUCACUGCUCUUGUCUCUAUUUCUUACCUAAAAAGCCGCCUUGUUUCCUCAUCGGUCCAUCUUCUGUUCGGUUACUUGAGUUUAAACCCGACCCCAUUGCCAUAAUUCCAACCCAAGAAGGCGAGUCGGUACUCCAGCUGUAGUGUUUUGUCUCCUUCAUCACCUCUUGUCUAUGCACUUCACAGGUCCCCGGUCACUUUGA